GCACACUCGAUUGUUCCCCCCCCCCCGGCCUAUAUAUGAUUAUGGCGUCCGAACUAGACCCCGUCCCUCUUUCUUGUCCCAGAUCGCGACCUCGGGCUGCCACUGCGAUGCAACCCACCACCACAUCCUUAUCAUCUCGACGCCCUUCACAAGCCAUGCCUCCAGCUAUUGCUGCAUCCACGCCCAGCACUCAUACAAAUCCCAUUCCAGUAGCUAGCGACCAGGUAAAUAUUAUGUCUGCGUCAGGUCCAUUGCGGCAUCCCAAACCGCUCACUCCUUCUGAUAUCCAUUCGAUGCUCGAGCAAGAACAGGAGGCUAUGGUAAACCGCCUAUCGCGAGAGCUUUCCCUUCUUCGUCAGCAAACGAACUCGGUCGCAUCGACGGCAUCUUCCACAUCGACCACGCUUAACGACUCCGUAGAUGCACUCCAUGCAUCCCCAUACAUUAUCAACACUGCACACCCUACGGCAUCACGAAGGCACCGCUCAUCGUCCAGUCUGAGCUCCUCCUACAUUCCAGCAGUUCAAGGGUCGAGAGCAGGAAGUGUUUCUGGCAUCGCACCCGCGCGAGAUACAUACAUUCCUUCAGCACGUCCUGAUCCCUCACGACCGGGACGAAGCAGGGAAUCAUCUCUCACUUCCCCUCGGCAGUCGGAAGGAGCGUUGCCGACACUAGGAUCAAUCCAUCAGAACCAGCCGACUGACCAGCUACAUCACACCGCCAGCUAUCCACACCGCAGCUCGGUCUCUCAUAAGACACCCAUCAGCAGUUCUACUCGCCAUGAUGAAGUUGCACACCAGCGUGGGGAAGUCGAAUCGCUCAAGCGCGAGAACGAGAUGCUGCGUCGACGUAUCAGAGAGCUCGAGUCUACUGUCACGAAACUUCAGGAUCAGGAGUCGGUUCUCACUCAUGAGGAAGAGGUCGAGGCCGCAUCCACUCCUACAAAAGACCUGAAAGAGCCGUCUAGUGCGGUGACUAGAGAACGAACUUGAAAAUUCUGGAAUCUUCUUUGACUAAUUGAUUGUGUAUGGAACUUGGUUACAUGGAUGAAUUACGGAAAGCGGGAUCUUUCAGCUGUCACUUGCUUUGUUUUGGGCCAGAUCUAUUAGACAGUGGGUUGUUCGGGCGCACAUCUCGGUUUUCUUUUCCGGUCUCCUUUUUCUUCGUCUAGACGCUCCGGGGAGCCGACGAAUAACUAGAAUGCUACUGCCUAAGCGAUGAUAGUACUAUGUUUA